AUGAAGUCGGCUUUAGUGUGGCGAGUCGUAGGCCGAUGUUCAACGACAAAAGCUCGAGUCGCUGUGUUAACGUUACCUCACGGAAUUGUGGACACUCCUGUGUUCAUGCCGGUUGGAACACAGGGAACCUUGAAAGGGUUAACGCCAAAACAGCUGAAAGAGUUGGGGUGUCAAAUUAUGCUAAAUAACACUUACCAUUUGGGGUUAAAACCGGGUCAAGAAUUACUGGAAGGAAUCGGUGGCUCACACAAAUUUCAGAAUUGGGAAGGAAAUUUGUUAACCGAUAGUGGAGGUUUCCAAAUGGUCUCCUUGUUAAAGUUGGCAUGUAUCACGGAAGAGGGAGUGGAAUUUCAGUCACCGCAUGAUGGAUCAACAAUGCUACUCACACCCGAGCAUUCGAUCUCCUUGCAAAACUCUAUAGGAGCAGACAUCAUAAUGCAGCUGGAUGACGUGGUGUCAUCACUGACAACGGGUCCAAGGGUGGAAGAAGCUAUGCGCCGAUCGAUCAGGUGGUUAGAUCGGUGCAUAGCCGCCCACAAAAAACCGGACUGUCAAAAUCUAUUUGCCAUCAUACAAGGCGGUCUGGAUUUCAACCUAAGGAGAAAGUGUGUCGAAGGUACUUUUGAGAUUUUGCGAUUCCUUCUAGGAACGUUAAAUUUGAAAUCCAGCAAAUUUUCCAAAGAUUUUCGACCCAUCGAGGAGGAUUGCGAUUGUUUGACCUGUAAAUCAUUUACCAGGUCAUAUGUUCAUCUGCAAUCCACGCGUGAAACGGUUGGAUGUCAUCUCAUCACCAUUCAUAAUGUUUCAUACCAAUUGAGAUUAAUGCGCAAUAUCAGGAAUGCUAUCAUUGAAGAUAGGUUUCCACCAUUUAUACAAAAAUCAUUCAAGGAUCUAUUUGGUGGCGCGGAUAAAUACCCCGAAUGGGCUGUCAAUGCUUUACAAAGUGUCAAUGUAACGCUGAUUCCUUAA